GUUAUAUCCAAUUUCCCGAGCUUAUCUGUAUUAGAGGGACAAGCGUUGUUAGCUCUCAAUCAAGAAUACAUUGACAAAGAGCAAAAGCUGGUACUCUCUUCCGGAGACGAGGUUGCUGUGAUCCCACCAAUCAGUGGAGGGUAACUAUGACGUCUUCCAAUAAUCUAGUUAGGAUAUCAGCUGACCCUAUAUCUCAGGAGGAGGUCACACAAUUUGUAAUAGACCCCUCUGCAGGGGGUAUAUCAAUUUUCUUAGGAGUGACGAGAGACAAUUUUAAAGGUAAAAAAGUGGUGCAGUUAGAGUAUGAGGCGUACACAUCGAUGGCCACCAAGCAAUUGAGUGACAUCUGUACAGCAAUAAGAGGCAAAUGGCCAGUGACAAAAAUCGCUAUUGUGCAUAGAACAGGGAUUGUCCCUGUGUGUGAGCCCAGUGUGAUCAUAGCUGUUUCAUCAGUCCAUCGCAAAGAGGCCAUUGAAGCUACUAGCUAUGCAAUCGAUGCUGUCAAGUCUUCUGUGACUGUCUGGAAGAAGGAGGUGUAUGCAGAAGGUGAGGGGGAGUGGAAGGAGAACAAGGAAUGUAGAUGGACUUGACGACCAUUAUUUUAAUGACAUUCAUCGUUUUGCCUUAUCA